AUGAGAGGAAGUUUGAGGAGUUAUACAAAUUCGGUAGGAGGUACUUCUUCUAGAGGAGGUCAGAAGAGACAGAGGACCGAUGGGCAGAGACAGGAGGGACAGAGUGGAGGUCGAGGUAGAGAUCAGAGGCCACGAGGUGACAGAGGUACGCAUCAGGGGCAGAGGAUUUGUCAUCGAUGUGGACGUCCUGGACAUUUGAGAGCACAGUGUAUAGUUCAGGGGGUGGAGUGUUUUCGAUGUCGUAGGGUUGGCCACCGGAUGGCAGAUUGUCCUCAGCUUGAGCGAGGAGGACAGCAGGAUCUGUACUUACCAGCACCACCGGCUCGUCUGGCCCUCCCUGCACCCCCUACCACAUCUACACCAUUAGGGAGGGGACGACCACUGGCUAGGCAGCCACAGCAGCAGCAGCAGUCACAGCGGCAACAAACUUUGACUCAGGGACGAGCAUUUGCUCUUACUCACCAGACAGCACCAGAGCAUCCGAAUUUUGUUGGGGGUAUGUUUCUUGUUUCUAAUUGUUGGGCUAGAGUUUUAUUUGAUUCGGGUGCCACUAGUUCCUUUAUCACAUCUUCAUUUGCAUUGGCUUUGGGGUUAGAGGUGAGACCAAUGAGGCAAACAAUAGUGGUAGACUCGCCAUUCGGACAGUUCACUCGUAUUCAGGGCUAUUGCAUUUGCAUGUGUCGGUUUGGUGAUAUCGAGUUGACCGUUAAUUUGUACGUUCUUGACUUCCAAGAUUUUGAUGUAAUCUUGGGAGUAGAUUGGUUGACGGAGCAAAAAGCAGUUUUAGACUUUUGGGAUAGGAGGAUUACUUUAAAUGCUCCUGGUGGGGUAGUGAUUUAA